CGGACGCAGGCUGUGGGGCUAGGGCACGCGGGCUUCCUCCACGGACACACCGACUGAGGUACCGCUGCCGUCACCGCUGCGGGCCGCCCGAGGGCCUGGCGUGUGAGGUUGCGCGGAGCCCGGGUGGCGUCCGCCCGAGCUUCAGGCUUAUUUGUCAUCAUGGAGCUGCUCCACCCAGCCUUCCCUAACUGCUUCCUGCUGACCUGGGUCAGCUUAUGGAGUGCUAUUCCUGAAGCUCACGCUGUGUCCACAGGGACGCCAGGCAUCAGUGCGGCCUUUUUCCUGCAGGACCUCCUGCAUCGCUACGGGGAGGGUGACAGCCUCACCCUGCAACAGCUCAAGGCCCUGCUCAACCACCUGGAUGUGGGCGUGGGCAGGGACAAUGUCACCCAGCCCGUGCACGGACAGAGGAACCUCUCGACGUGCUUCAGUUCUGGAGACCUCUUUGCUGCCCACAAUUUGAACAACCAGUCACGGGUUGGAAGGAUUGAGUUCCAGGAGUUCUGCCCUACCAUCCUCCAGCAGCUGGAUUCCCGAGCCUGCUCCUCUGAGAACCAGGAGAACGAGGAGGAUGAGCAGACAGAAGAGGGGAAGCCAAGCGCCAUCGAAGUGUGGGGAUACGGUCUCCUCUGUGUGACUGUCAUCUCCCUGUGCUCCCUCAUGGGGGCCAGCGUGGUGCCCUUCAUGAAGAAGACUUUUUACAAGAGGCUGCUGCUCUACUUCAUAGCUCUGGCGAUUGGAACCCUCUACUCCAACGCCCUCUUCCAGCUCAUCCCCGAGGCUUUUGGCUUCAACCCUCAGGAAGAUUAUUAUGUCUCCAAAUCUGCAGUGGUGUUUGGGGGCUUUUAUCUUUUCUUUUUCACAGAGAAGAUCUUGAAGAUGCUUCUUAAGCAGAAAAAUGAGUAUCAUCAUGGACAUAGCCAUUAUGCCUCUGAGACACUUCCUUCCAAGAAGGACCAGGAGGAGGGGGUGACCGAGAAGCUGCAGAAUGGGGAUCUGGACCACAUGAUUCCUCAGCACUGCAGCAGUGAGCUGGAUGGGAAGGCCCCCGUGAUGGACGAGAAGGUCAUCGUGGGCUCCCUCUCUGUCCAGGACCUGCAGGCCUCCCAGAGUGCCUGUUACUGGUUGAAAGGUGUCCGCUACUCUGAUAUUGGCACUCUGGCCUGGAUGAUCACCCUGAGCGACGGCCUCCACAAUUUCAUUGAUGGCCUGGCUAUCGGUGCCUCCUUCACCGUGUCUGUUUUCCAAGGCAUCAGUACCUCAGUGGCCAUCCUCUGUGAGGAGUUCCCCCACGAGCUAGGAGACUUUGUCAUCCUGCUCAAUGCCGGGAUGAGUAUCCAGCAGGCUCUCUUCUUCAACUUCCUUUCUGCCUGCUGCUGUUACGUGGGUCUGGCCUUUGGCAUCCUGGCUGGCAGCCACUUCUCUGCCAACUGGAUCUUUGCACUGGCUGGAGGAAUGUUCUUGUAUAUUGCUCUGGCUGAUAUGUUCCCUGAGAUGAAUGAGGUCUGCCAAGAGGAUGAAAGGAACGGCAGCGUCUUGGUCCCCUUUGUCAUCCAGAACCUGGGCCUCUUGACUGGCUUCGCCAUCAUGCUGGUCCUCACUAUGUAUUCGGGACAGAUCCAGAUCGGGUAGGGCCCUGCCAGGAGCCGGCGGGAUUGGAAGCUGGCCCUUGGCCACCCGGUCCCUGGCCCUCGGCUGCGGCGCCCAUGACGCCCCAGACUGUGACACGGACUGUACUCCUGCAUUCACAUGUCAGCUGUUUUUACACAUGCUCUGUCCUAGGAAUAAGCCGCCCUGGCAGCCAGGCUCUAGGUAGUGCCUCUCCCUCCCUCCCCCUUCUUUCUCAGAGUGACCCUGGAACCGGAAUGCAGCUCCCUUAGCAGGCAAGCCUCACUCUUUUCUCUGGCUACCCUGGCCUCUUAGUCCUCAAACCAGCAGCGAGAGAUUUUGCGUCCUUGCCCUACGACGCAGAAACACUGCCAGUGCUUGUGACUUGGUCAGCAGUAGCAGGAGGUGAGUCUCUGGUUGCAGGGCCCCUGAAUCUAACUGUGUGUCCUGGACCUCAAGAUGACCCAUUUUGAAAUAAAUUCACCUGUUUUUCCAGAGAAAAGAUACAGGAAACAAGAAUCCCUCCUAUUUUUUCAGUCUGUCCAGUUGCCUAUUUUUUCAGAGAGAACUGAAAGUUGGAACACGUGUAGGGCAAGAGAGGAGGCGAGGAUCAUCCCGGGGGGGUGGGGGAUAGAAGUGAUGGCUGUGUCCCUGUUCCCCCGCCCCCCCAUGCUGGACGAUAGUGUUGUGGCCACAGGGCUGAGCCAGCGCCCCCCGCUGGUGGAAUGCUGUACAGGGGUCAGUUGCCUGGACCUCCUCCCCUUCUUUCACAUUAACACUGACGGAAUGGAAGGCGGAGAAUGGAGACCUGCAAGAAAUCAGUUGGUUUGCUCUGAUUUCCACCUCCCCUUCCUCCCCUCUCCCAUCUUCUGAGAGACAUUUUAUCUGGCUCCCUAGAAGCACAUUUACAGUCUUGUAUCAGAGGGGAGACUGCACAAAUUUCCCUCCCCUGGUCAGUACUUCUGCUGCAAAAUGGCACGUUUCCUUGCGGAAUUGGCUGCAGCUCAUGCGCUUCUUAGACAAAGGUGAUCGGAAAUGGACUCGGUGCAGGCCCAGCUGAGGAUUUGUUGAUUGCAUAAAUAAAAGUACAAGUAAUGGAAGACGGGGCCCUGCAAAUGCUUGCUGAACAGGGGCUUCCGGAUGAGGCACUGUGAGUGGAUUUUAGGUCCCCUUUCCUCCCUCACCCCAAGCGAGAAAGGGCGAAUCCUAUACUGCAUUGAACAUUAAUCGCUCUAACCCUCUUCAGAAGAUGGAUUGAUAGACUUGUCUGUGAGACUGUAGGCCAGCCCCAGGCACUGUGGAGCCCUCUCCUCAGAACUCUGGCUUCAAGGGGAGCUCAUCUCCAGGUUCACUAGGUGAAUUGAUUUAUUAUUAUCAUAUUGAUAAUGUCAGAUUCUUUAGCCACUUUGGGGAGCCAGUCUCUCCAGAAGCCUUUCUUAGUGGUGCCCACACUCGCAGCCCAGGGGCUGUGUUCACUAACUGAUUUGUGUGCAUGACUGACGAGGGCUGGUCAUGGCCAACACCUGUGAGUUUUUCUGUUCUUACACAGGAAGUCUUUCCACUGUACAGUAGUUAAAAGCCGCGUCUAUUUUAUUUUUGGUUUUUUUUCUUCUUGGGAAAUGGCCCUCAAACCAGGAAUAGUCUUUUUUUUAUUUUUAUUUUUUAUUUUAUUUUUUUUUGGUACAAAGAAUAAUCACUUUAUUGUUAGUGCCAAGAGUAGGAGUGUGUCUGAUCAUGCAGAUAGAUGAGGAUAUAUGUGCCCACUGCAUCCUGGCCAGUCAGGAAUAGUCUUGAAAAGAGUAUGAGCGGGAAAACUGCUGGCGAUGCUUUAUACAUUUUUCUCCUCUUUCCUGUUGACUUGGAUAGAUUUGAGAAUGGGCUGAAGAAGAAGGAAAACUUGAGUUCUCAAGAUUCUAGAGUAUAUAUCAGGACUGACUCCUGAUAGGAUUAUGGUCCAAUUUUACCAAAGAACCAAUUCCUUGAAUGUUGGAAUCUAACUUUUUAUAUUAUCAUUAUUUUUAUUAUUGUUGUGACUGUUUUAAAACGGUUCUCUGUCUUUUCUGUUUUAUUUUUCUCGGUGUCUGACAUGGCUUUCGGGAGCUAGUAGCAAAUAACACUCAAACUUUUAAGACUUUACAGAGAUUUUUCUUUCCCUAAUUCACAUGGAUAUAUGAAAUUCAUAAUUUUAGCAUUCCCUGUAGACCUGUCAUUCCUUACAAAUACCGUUUUUCUCGGAGUAGAAUCCUAAGUUAGAGUUAGUGGGUCCUAGUUUUAGGAGAAGAGCUUGAAAAUAUAAUUGUUAUCAACUUAAAAAAAAUAAAGUAUGAAGUACUAGGGUGCUUUCCUUUUUCAUGCACAUCUAUAUUAACCUCCCUUCUAUAUGAACUUCCCUUCCAUAGACAGCUGCCUCAAAGGGAAAUUCUCUUUAAACUGGAAUUGGCCCAGAGGCCAGUCCUGGCUGGAACCUGGCUGGGGUGGGGCCCCGCGAGUAAGUCAACGGAGCGUCUGCUGCUGCUGGUGGCAGAUUCGCCUCAUGAGUUGAACAUGUGGCAAUUCCCUUUUGACUUUUAGCUCUUGGAUUUGCUGUUUUAAGCAUUUGUACAUAUUAGAAGUCUGAGGAGUGGCAAGUUUUGAGAACUUGUUCACCCCUGGCAUUAGCGUCUCCCACGUCUUUCCCCAGGUGACCAGCUCCUGAUGUUAGCGAGGAAAGCAUAUGUCCCGUGCAGGAGCAGUGAUCUGGGAGCAGGCAGGCUGCCUUCUUUCCUUGCCCCCAGACGCGGCUGGUAUCUCUUGUGUCUAGUGUCAGCGUGGGGCUUUCCCUCAUUGGUCCUUCACCCUGGGUUUAAAAGAGAAGGCAUCUCUGUUGGGUAUCCUAAGACCUGUCUGUAGUUAGUCCUCUUCCAAAGAGACGGUAGUGUUCUGGAAAUCUGCUUAAAAACAAAAAGCUGUCUGAUUUUUGCAAGAGAGGUUAAGUUUUUGUUGUUCAUCUUUCCUUUUACAGUUCUGAAGUUCCAUCACAGUAUUUUUUUAAAUAACUCAGGUGUUAUGAGGAUAAACUAGAAAAGAAAAUAACUUAUGUGGACUGUAAAUGUUUAUUUGUAAGAUUCUAUAAAUAAAGCUCUAUUCUGUA